CUUCUCUAAAGGACGCACGUGUCCAAUUCCGCCGUGAACUGUGCUCGCGAUCCGAACUCACAAUCGAACAAUAUCUAGGACUGAUCCUUACAAGGCGACAGGAUAACGUCCCGUGACUCGAAUAGUGAUCACAAGAACAAUAGUGACGCCAUUAACAUUUAAACAAUAGACGAGAUUACGGUCAGUGUUAAAGGAAGUAAAGAGAAAAUUGAAAACCGAAUAAUUGGAAGUGAUUAUACAAUAGUGAAUUACGAUUGUUCAAGUCGACCUUGUGAUGUUAAUUCGCCCGUAAAAUACUUAUAAUUGUGUUUUGGUGCAGGUCUAUUUGGCUUCGAUCCAAAUGAUUAAGCGAUGGCGAUGUUUAAAGUGAUAUUGACAAUCGAAUUUCAAAUAUGAAUUUCCUUCUGGAAAUCUUUUGAGAAGUUUAAAUUUAGAACCUCGGAAUUUAAAUUUAGUAGACAUUUAUAAUGACGAUGCUGGCAGUGAAGAAUUUUUUCAUGCCCGAAAAAAGGGUUGAUUCUCCAAGAUUCUCUCGAAUGCCUGAGGCUCUGAUGAGAUCUAUUAGGAGGCGAUCCUUGAGGGUGAAGCGCACCAAGUCAUUGGUGUUGGUCAAUGAAAAACGGAAGUCCGAUUCCUUCGUGAACAGUCAAGAAUGGACGGCUGCGAGAGGUGUAACGGAAUUACGGGUUGGAGUUCUCGGAUCCCCAGACAGCGGAAAGUCUGCACUUGUUCAUCGUUAUUUGACUGGUGCAUACAUGCAGGAGGAAAGCCCAGAAGGAGGUCGCUUCAAGAAGGAAGUGAUCAUCGACGGUCACAGCUACCUCCUGCUGAUAAGAGACGAGGGCGGGCCCCCAGAAAUGCAAUUCACAGCCUGGGUGGAUGCUGUAAUCUUCGUGUUCAGUUUGGAAAACGAAAUCAGCUACAACACAGUGUCGAACUACUUCAAUAAGAUGUCCCAUUAUCGGAAUUCCGCUGAAAUACCGAUCAUAUUGGUCGGGACGCAAGAUGCCAUAAGUGAAAGUAGUCCACGCGUGGUGGACGACAACCGCGCUCGCAAGUUGUCGAACGAAUUGCGAAGAUGCUCUUACUACGAGACUUGCGCUACGUAUGGUCUAAACGUGGAACGGGUUUUCCAGGAUGCAUGUCAGAAAAUCGUGGGCACACGGCUUUCGGCGUCAUCUCAAUGUUUGUCGGGCUCCCGACCGGUAACGCCUCAACCGUUGGCAAAUUCACCAAGCCACAAUCACACAUCAUUCCUCUACAAGGAUUCUCUUCCCCGCGGGCACCACACGCUCUCAGCGUCCUCCCACCACCUCCACCGAGGCGCGUCUUCGUUCGACGCCUCAUCCAACAGUAGCGGUAUAUCCUCAACACACGUCGUCGAAAUUCACAGCACAAACGGCUCUGACACUUCAUCGCGAUGGGGAAACUCCCUGGGGAGCCACGGCUCCUCAUCGGGCCUCGUCUCCAUAGCAACAGAGAAUAAUAACGUCAAAUUCACAGCACCACACUGUCUCGACAACCUGCAACCGGUGAAAGACUCAAAAGACCUGCCCACACCGUCCUCGACGCCGACUACUUCCAGGAAAUCUAGGAGAAGGUCUAACCUCUUUACGCCUUCGAAGAAAGGCGAUGAUAGGUUGAAGAAUGGCGAGCUGGGGUCAGGUAGAGCGAUACCGUUGAAGCAGGGUUACCUGUACAAGAAAAGUAGCAAGGCAUUGAACAAGGAAUGGAAGAAGAAGUAUGUCACGUUAUGUGACGAUGGGCGGUUGACGUAUCAUCCUAGUUUGCAUGAUUACAUGGAAGACGUGAACGGCAAAGAGAUAUCGCUGCAAUACGUGACGGUGAAGGUUCCCGGACAGAAGCCCCGGGGCUCCAAGUCCGUCAUCACGACGGUACCAGGGUACAACGGGUACAGCAGCCUGGAUAUACACGACAGCAUUGGUGGAUUGUCCCUUGGGUACAAAGAUAAACCUCAACGGGCCACUGACAAGGCUUUGAUGUCAGCCUUCGAUACUAUGAAGGAACCGGCUUCAAGUCGACAAUCUUUGGCUUCUGAAGCAGAAUUGGCGACAAAUGGUGGGGACAAGGAUACGCCGCAUGUGAAGAAACGCCAUAGACGGAUGAAGAGUAGCGGAGUGAAGAACAAUGAUGACGAAGCGGAAUCCCCGCAGUCGUACUCGUUCAGCAUCGUGAGCCUCGCGGGCAAGCGGUGGCGCUGGGAGGUGGCGGCGGGCGGCGGCGGGCCCGGCGCCGCGGCCGCCGAGCGCGACGCCUGGGUCGCCGCGCUCGAGGCGCAGAUCCUCGCCUCGCUGCAGGGCCGGACGUCCCGUCAGCCGGCGCCCACCGGGGCGAAUUCCACGGGCGAUGUGCGAGCCACGUACUACAUUAGGAGGGUGAAGGGCAACGAUAAAUGUUGCGAUUGUGAAGCGCAAGAUCCAGACUGGGCGAGUUUGAACCUAGGCGUGCUGAUCUGCAUCGAAUGUUCCGGAAUACACAGGAACCUAGGUUCUCAUAUAUCCAGGGUGCGGUCAUUGGACCUGGACGAGUGGCCAUUGGGCCACGUCAGCGUCAUGGUGUCUAUGGGUAAUGCGUUGGCGAACUCCAUAUGGGAGGCUGAUCUCAGGGGACACAUCAAACCAAUGGCCACGUCUACCAGGGAAGAAAAGGAGAGAUGGAUCCGGCUGAAGUACGAGCGGCGCGCGUUCCUCCCCCCCGACGAGGCGCCCCCCAGCCCGGAGGCGCUGCGCACGGCGGGGUCGCGCGGCGCGCUGGCGGCGCUGGCGCGGCUGCUGUCGGCGCCGCCGCCGCGCGCGCCCGCCGCGCACGACCGGGCGGUGGCGCUGCGGGCGGCCGCCGCGGCCGGACAGCUGGCUGCCGCUCAGCUGUUGAUAUGGCACAACGGCAACCCGAACUACCCCGACGCGGACGGGCACACGUGCGUGUUCUACGCGCGGGCGGCCGCCAACCACCUGUCGGGGAUCCCCACGCAGUACCCCAAGAACCUGCAGCUCGCCUGCCCGCUGCACCCGGACCCGCCCGUCGGGGCCAAUAGCUCAGGCACGAACUCUACGAGCUCCACAUCAAGCGCCAAAAGCAACGUGAAAAACCCAGAAGAGACGGAAUGCAACUGCAUAAUAUUCGAACUACUGAACGCCCAGAGCGCCUCCAACGCGUUAGUCGAACUUUUAAUAGGACUGCAGAACAAUCAAUACAUGAACGGUUAUGAGAAUAACGGUGUCAGCAGUUCAUACAGCCACGGUACUUUAGGUAGGCCGUCGCUGGCCCCGAGUCUAUCGUUGACCAACGGCAAAUGUGGUAGUAUCGUUUAAAUAAUGUCGAAUUUUCACAUUUACUAUGUGACGUCGUACUACGUAAAUACGAGUUUGUAUCGUGACUGAAACCAUAGAGAGAGUUCUAUAGUUACCAUUCUAUAUUUCUGUAUUGUAUACUAGACUUUUAUCUCACGCGUUCAAAAAAAGAAUGAUAUAUUUGAUCAUUUUAUGAUCUGGGAUUGUUGUAGUGAAGGGCAUGACCAGUUAAUGUUGUCACAUUUAUUGUGUAACGUUAUCGCAACGUUUUUGUGUAGAACCGGUUAAUCUUAUCACAUUUAUUGUGUAACGUUAUUGCAACGUUUUUAUACAGUUUUUGUUUUCUCUGUCACAUAUUAGUCCGAUUACGAUAAAUUUUGAAUUCGAAUUAUUCAUUGGCUCUCUCUGAAAUAAAGAUUUAUUGUUAUUGUGUUAUUUUUGUAAAUAAAGAUAAUUUUUAACAAUGUCGUUUUGUAAAUUUGGUUAUCAGUGCAUUUGCUUUGUAUAAAAAAAACCUCGUUCGGUUAAAGUGUUUAUUAUAUGUGUAAAUACUACUUUACAAUAGUUUUACAAAAAUUCUUUCCGUGUAUUAAUUACCAAUUUGGUAUAUAUUUUGAAAUUUGACCCAUUUGCUGAUUAAAUAUAAAUUUUUGACUCACUGGAUUAUAUUAAUGUUCUGUGUAAAUUUUAAAAUAUAAUAUACCCUGGAAAUCGAAGGUACUUAGCGAAAUUAUCUGUCAAUUUGCAAUUAGUUGAAUUAAUUAGAUUAGUGUUAAUUUUUUUAGUCAGUGUUUAAAAUAACUUAGAUUUUUUAAUCCAGUUUCUUUUUGCAAAGAUAGAUGUUACAUUGUAGCGACAGUCUGUUAUCAAACUAGUGUUUCGCCCUGGUUGCAUUCAUGACGCUAUGAAAAUUCGGAUAAGUAAUUACCUGAUAAAAAAAAUUCACUAUGUAACUUGGCGGAAAAUUCCGAACUACCGCCAAACUAAGUCGUGUCGCAGAUAUAAGGCACGCAAGUUUAAUAAAAAUUAGAUAUCUCUGCCCGUUGUAUACUAAAAAAAUAGUAUAUAAUCACAUUGUACCGGAAAAAUCACAUAAUAACCGGUUAAUACCGGAUUAACAAACCAUAACUUUAGGUACGUAAUAGGUAUAAAGUAAAUUAUUAUUGAAUUAGUGCAAGAUCUCAGCUCAAUGCUAAUGUAGGGUAAAUUAGGGUAAUUGUUUUAGUGUUAAUUAUUGUGCUUACCCUUCAUCCCUUGGGUGUGCUGUAUCCUUGAUUCCCGACUUCAUUGAUGUCUUAAUUUGGUUUCCAAUAAUUAAGAUUAUCUAUAAUUAAAUCUGAAUGUCAAAUUAUUAUCGUACGAUAAACUAUUGUAUGAUAUUUGAAUAUUGAAUGAAUUAUCUUGAUACCCCAACAUUCUAUCAAAAGCUCUUUAAUUCAACAAUUACAAUUGAAGUGGUAUUCGAGUGUUUUUUUAAAAAUUAAGAACAAUACAAUGAUUGAUUUUUGUAAUGACACAACCUUAAGAGGUUUAGGGACCGUUGUUUGAAAUUAAUUAAAGACAUCAUGUUGAUGUGGUUUAAUCAUGAAUUAACAUUCCAUUGUGUGCCCAAGGGUCGGAUAGUUGAUGUGAUAUUUUUAAGGUUUCCCACGGUGGCUCGAGCUAAAGGGAAGUGCACAUUGGUACCAAUCAAUAUUACUCUAUGUUUGCUUGUAAGUUGAGGAGUCGUCAUAUAUUUUAUUUCACUGUUUUACAAUUAGGUAAUGAACGAAUGGAAAUUAAACAAUAAUCUUAAAUUAGAAGAUGCGCAAAAUUUAAUAAACAAGAAUACA